GGACAAUGAAGAUGAAGGAAGCGGGUAUUUGAUCCGAAAUUAUGGCGUUGGGCGCUUAAUCUGCACAGCCAGUGCUGAUGCUGUGAGCCAACACGAGGAUAAAACGAGGAAGACGCGCCAGCAGAAGACUUCAACGACGACUCCACUCCUGACUUGAAUCUCGAUCGAACAAAACACUCACAUCGUCGCAGCUUUUGUCCCAUAUUCAUCUUUCUGUGCACGAGUCAAGGAAAUCUGGAUUCUGCCAUGAAUCCCGAAACCAAAAUCAUGUCGCAUCGACCUCCUGCGAAGCACGAGAAUUCAGUGACAAUGCCUUACCGAAAGACCAGAGUGAAUGAUGGUAUCAGGUACAUCCUACACCUGCCCGGUGGACAGCAGAUUAUCUGCUAUUCAUGUGAUGGGACGUUUCGAGUCUGGGACUUGGAGACGGGCACGCAGGUCAAGGAAUGGGAGGACAUAAAAUAUCAAGUGUUCUCUACAGCAUUGUCGCCGGGCAGCAAGACAGUAGCAACCGGGCAUGGGGAUGGCGUAGUGAAAUUGUGGGACGUCGACACAGGCAAGGUCAUCAAAACAUUGACGGGGCACGCCGUGACAAAGAGAGUGCAUGCUGUGUGCUGGAGUCCAGAUGGAGAGCGAGUGGCGGGCGGAUUCGAAGGUGCGGUGUUGAGAGUGUGGGACGUCAAGAGCGGAGAAACUGUACUUGGGCCAAUCAACGCAGCCUCCGGAGAUCCAAACGGUGCUGACAUGUACGAGGUUGGCUACUCACCUGAUGGCAAGAUGAUUGCCACGGCCGUGUUCACAUCGUGGCUGAAAAUAUGGGAUGCCAACACAGGCGAAUUUCUCAAAUUGCUCGUGGUUUUUUCUCGUAUAGCUACGUGCUUAGCAUGGACCUCGGAUGGCAAAACACUUUUCUCCGGGGGAUGGCGUAAUAUCACGAAAUUCAACCUAGCCACCAGGUGGUCACGAAUAGCUGUCAUUGAUGUGAACUGGGAGGUGAAAAACUUCACAGGUUGUGUCGGUACAAUUUCGCUCUCUCCCAAUCAGCGCAUUCUCGCAGGUACACCAUUCCUGGGUAGGACAGUGCAACUGUGGAACGUUGAAACCAAUCAACCCAUCGGGCCACUUCUUCGGCCUGAAGGUGAUGGCGCGGUCUUUCAAUCCACUACCUUUUCUGCAGAUGGAAAGUUCCUUGUCACUAGCUGCGAAGACUACCUAUACACAUGGGAUCUUUCUGCUAUCGUCAAAGAAGCUGGCCUUCCAUUAGAUAUUCUUGAUACUACACCGCGACCAGCUCCAAAGUCAAAAGAUGUUCCUCGAAUACCCCGAGGGUUUUUUGACGAUGACCUACGAAGGGCUAAUUCGCGCAUUCGUCUAUCCCAAUCCCAUCGGCCAUAUCACCUCACUCCAGCACCUCGUCAACGCACCCUCGAUCGCUUUUACUCAUUCUGGCACCGCCCAAAGUCACAGAGCAAAUCUGACUACCAUACUCGACCUCGGUCCCACCUUCUUAGCCGGACUCGAAACCUAGUAUCUGGUAUACUAGGCAGACGAGAUAGCUCGGACUUCGAGGUGCAAGAGGUCGAGGUCCCUUGCACAGCGGGAAAAGAAACUAUCAUGCUAGAAAGAAGCCAGCUCGCAGCUCGUCUCGACCUCCCAAAGUCCAAGUCACUCAAAGACCUAGCGCGUCAUCACAACUGCCACCUCCAACUGCCACUGCCUCGACACUUUCUGCUGUCAAUGAUACCACCGGAGCAUCGGGAAUACCCUCACGUCCUCAUAUCACCGGUGGUGGAUGGCGCGUUCGUUUUCGAAGCGACAUUUUGAUUUCCGUGUUUCAUUCGUAUUUUGCUGCCUCAUCUGUAGUGAAUUCCAUUGACUCUUCUGCCUUCAUCGCAUAGUACGGGUGGAGGCUGGGAAGGUGUGACCAGGAUAGCAGAAA